GUCCACCAAUCUCGAAAUGACAGCCCCUGACAGAAUCACCGAGGUCAGCUCCGAUGCUCCAGUCACAAGCGAACUUCAAGCACCACAACAUGAAGAGCAUCCUCANGGAGAUGAGAUCGUGAAGCAGGUCGGUCCUAUCGCUUCUCGUUGGUACUCACGAACUUCUAGCUCACCACUAGCAGAUNNUGAGUACUACUUCUCCGAUGAAAACCUUCCCAGUGACAAGUACCUUCUCGACAAGACCGGCGGUAAGGAGAACAAGCCUGUCGAUAUCAAGAAACUCUGCCAGUUCCCGAAAAUGCGCAAGUACAAGCCUUACAGAUCGGUUGUGGAAUCUUUGAAGAAGAGCACAAUGCUCGAGGUCAUCGAAAACAAGUACAUCAAGCGUAGAGUUCCACUCUCCAUCGAACCCACUGUUUCNCCUGAAGAGAUCAAGGUGGCUAUGGAGCAAGAGCAGAAGAAGAAGGGCCCGAGACCUCCUGCUAAUCAACCAUGGAUGACAAAGGGAAUGGAGUUCUUUGCGAACGCACCUGUUACUCCUGCUGCAUUCGAGGAGGAGCAAUCACUCUACGACAGGCGUAUUGAGACGGCCAUCCAGCGUUACCGUGCUCGACGCAAGUUCCACCAGCAAACUGCUCAGGUAUUCAACAAGUUCAUGACCUAUGGUGGCAUCGAGUCCGGUCCCAAGAUGUUUGGCGGAAGUGACAACAGAGAUCUGGCUGAGAUGGAUGCUGCACAGAUCGCUGCUCUGACCGCUGUGCACUUCGUCGCAGAGGACGUUUUGUACUCUGACAGAUGGGAGAUUGACUUCGUUGGCGUGGCAAAGGGUUUCUUG